AUGUCAAGUGAAACAUGUCGAUGUGAUCAAACAAGUAAUUGUAUCUACCCUGCUGGCAUCUAUAAUCAAUCAAAAACCAUUAUUCCGAAUGAAGCAUUUUCAAAUGAUGCAUCACUUGUAUUUGUUGUACCAAGAUUUCAAGUUGGAUGUGUACCUCAAAAUGCAUUACUUCAAUCGACAUUACAAUGUUUUUAUAAUCAAUCAUGCUUGGAUAUAGUUAUUACAUUAACUGGCGCUCUUCAUACUGUCUCUGUACUAAACACUUCGAGCUCUUCUUCUCGAUUUGAUCCAAUAACAACUAUCAUAAUUGGUUCAAAACAAAUUAUCGUUGAAAAUCCAAGUAUGAAUCAAUUUGAAGAUCUUUAUAAAAUGUAUUCAUCAAUUCUAUCAUGUCCAUCUUGUCGUUUGUCAAUGCCACGGUCAACUUUCAUGCAUUAUGAAGUACAAUUUCAUCCAUUUUGUACAGGUAGUUUUGUUCGUGACGAACGUUGGCUUCAAUAUUGGACGAUGAAAUUUCUUAAUGCUUUACGAAAUAGCGUGGAGCAAAUACGUUUUUGUGAUAGAGAUUAUUGA